AUGUUGCAGUGCUGUCACUGGCUUUUGGUAAUGAGGCCGCCACUUAUACUCGCUUUUGCGGUAUAUGUAGCUUCUGUGGUUGCUGCUGUGGGAACACCAGAAAAAAGUACUUUGGAAAAUGCAUAUAUACAUCUUGAACAGCUACGCAACCGACAUUCGCCGCCAGUCUACACUGAAAAUAACAUCUAUAAUGGACUUAAAAUUCCACAAUACGAUGAAAAAUUGCAUGAUUAUCAAGGAACCGUGUACCUUGGAGACAACCGAGACGUUUUUGCUCGGUACUCAAGCGCUAUGGAUAUAUUGGAAGCUGCUGCUGACAAUGGAGAUAUCACUGCCAUGUUAACGAUUGCAGACUAUAACAUGUUUGGCUACGUUACUCGUCCAGAUUAUGGAAAGGCAUUAUCAUACUACCACAAAGUGGUGGAUUCAGAACCCAAUGGUCAUAGUUAUUUCAUGCUUGGCUUGGCAUACUCUACUGGGCUCUUUGGCGAUAUCGAAAAAGAUCCAGCAAGGGCUUUAAUUUACUACCAGUUUGCAAUGGAAAAUGGCAGCGACAAGGCUACCAUGGCUCUCGCUUAUAAGAACCUAUAUGGUCUCGGUGUACCCACAAAUUGUGAAUUGGCACUUCAUUAUUACAGUAGACUAGCUCAGUUGGGACGAGAGUAUAUCGGGGAACACUACGACGAUAUAAAGGUUUCGUACAACGUCAAGAUCCCAGACUUCAACGGUGGUCUCUAUGGAAACAAACUAAGUGAAUCGAGCUCACUGAUCUUCUCUCGUUACCAUCAGGUGGAGAGUUACCUGUUCCAUGAAAAUAAUCUCGACUACGACUUUCCAUCCUACGCAGACCAGUACUACGAAGCUCUCGCCCUAUACGAAGGAGACUAUUUCAGGCCAGCGAACCAUGCUAAAGCUUUUGAAGUGUUGUCAGAAUGCAUGAAGAUGUAUCGUGACAUUGGCGGCACGUUUCGAUCCAUGCCCGAAAUGCGGUUUUUUCACCGAUGCAUAGCAUUACAAGGCCAUAUGUAUCUUCAUGGGCAAGGCGUCGAGAAGAAUGUUACCGAGGCAGCACGAAUAUUGAACCAACUUCGAGCAGUAUCACCAGAGGCAACCGCUGAUCUCGGGUAUAUUGUAGAAAAGGGCCUCAAUGGUUCUGAACCAAAUGCUACCAAAGCAAUGGAAAUCUAUGCGCAAGCCGCCAAGAUUAAGUCACAUAAAGGACGAACGGCACUUGCUCGUCUUUUAUUGCAGCAAGGUGGCUUCAACCCAGUGUCAAACCCAGACCUCCCACAGAUACUUAAAAGCUUCGAAGAUGCUGCUGGAAUGCUGAAUACCGAGGCAUUGUACUACGUCGGUGAGCUUCUCCGAGCAAAUGUUGGAGCAUAUAUGACACCCAGUGCGCCGUAUCAGUGUGAAACAACCAUCAUUUACUACAAGGUAUUUACAGAACGGCUCGAACCAUUAUUUGUACCCGAGCUUGAAUGGGCUUUUCGAGAGCUCUGCGCUGGAAGAUACAAAAAUGCCCUUCUAGCCUAUCUGAUUGGAGCCGAGCUCGGGCUAGUUAACUCGCAAGUUUCCGCAGCAUACCUUCUCUACCAACUUCAACCACUUCUGGCACAAUUCAACUUUCUUCCAACUGUCAAAGUUACUCAUUCCGAUAAUAGAGUAAAGUCUGCAAUUUCCUACCUCGAGCAAGCUUCGAUACAGAGCAACAUUGAUGCCACAAUUUUGUUGGGAGACAUUUAUUUCUAUGGUAUUGAAGGAACACAAUUGUCGCCCAACUAUGAUAUGGCAUACACUUUCUACCACCGAGCUGCCAACCAACACUCUUCACACGGCUGCUACAGUCUUGCAUACAUGUAUGAAUAUGGAUUGGGACCGAUCAACAAUACAGUGGACUACUUCAUGGCCAAGAGGUUUUAUGAUCUCAGCUUGUUAUACCAAGGAGACGACUACGUGCAAAUCCAUGCAUCGAAAAACAAGGUUCCUAUUAAUUUGGCGCUUCUCCGUCUUCGACUCAAGUACAUGUUUUCCUCUCACAAGAACAAAGACAGUUCUGCUGACGAAAACUAUGGAUGGUUCAGUGCAUUUAGAUCUAUCAGCAAAAAGAAGGAGAGCUCUCCUGCUAGGUUUGAUCAGGCAAACGAAAGAGCAAGAGCACACCACGAAGGAUCCAAUUAUGACACUGAAGAAGAUUACGAUACUGGAGAUUAUCUUGUCAUAGCCAUCACCUUGAUGUUCUUUCUGGUAUUUUUCAUCCAGAGCCUCAUGCAAAUGAGACGGUUACGAAACCCCAACAACAAUAAUAACCAACCUAAUAAUCGAGACGAUGCCGAGAAUGACGAACAACCACCGAAUGGCUGGAUGGGUAAUCAGUUCAACUUUCGACGCGGGAACUUUGAGUUUCAUUUCUUUGCCAUAUAA